GCAGCCUUAUGCCUACCCAUUAAAACAGAUAAUUCACAAAUACAAUUAAAUGAAUAAUUAUUCUACCGAGAGACUAUUCAGCCUGAGAUCCCUCCUUUACACCCGCAGGAGUCGAACGCCUCCACGGUAUGUUUUCUUUUGAGCGAAAGGAUGAAGUAGUUUCUGUGCCUGACCAUUAAGUGGAGUCCAUCGGAGGAGGAGUUUCACCCUGAAUAUGUCCUUAUGCGAUCGUUUACUAUAAAAUGCGGUUCAGCGUGUACACCAGUGGGUGCUUACAGGGAAUAUAUUUCGUCUAAACCGAUCUGAAUCUGUUCUGCAAGCAUUUGCAACAAGGUCAGUCUUUGUUUGCUCUAGAAAUGGUACGGUUGAUCGUCGUUCUUUCUCUCGAUAUUUUUCAAAACAACCAUCAUUUUUUACAGUUGAGCAGGACUGAGUGGUUUCGGUCCAUUAAUAUGUACGUUUGAGGCGCAACAUGUCUUUAUGCGCGAAUGUCGGGCUAUUAUAACUGAUCUUUGGGAAUAACAAGGGGAAACUUCCCCUCUGCAUACUUCUGAACAAUGACCGGACCAAGCGCCACAAGCAGCGGCUCCUCAACAGCCAAGAUCAGCAGACACGGGCGCUCCAAAAGCACCAGCACAUACUGUCAUAGGAGCAGUCCGCCUCCGGAAUCCUCCUUGUCCUUGGCGGCAAACAACACCGGUAGGUCGUCCGGUGAGGAGGACGAGAAAGAUGGUGGGGUCCCGUUUUACGUGAACAGGACGGGCUUUCCUAUAGACAGUAUCACCUGGGAGAGAAUGUUGUCCCAUGUCGCCAAAGUUCACCCCGAUGGACAGGACAUGGUGGAUAGGAUACGAAAUGCAACGCACCUACCUAAACACCCCGUGCCAUUGGUUCCCAACUUUAAGCCAUCCAUGUCUGUGCCUGAUUGGCUCCAUGCCAUCCAGAACUACAUGAGAAACCUGCAAUACAACCACACAGGAACACAGUUCUUUGAGAUUAAGAAAACCAGACCUUUGAGUGGGUUGAUGGAGACUGCCAGAGAGAUGAUAAGAGAAUCACUUCCCAUUAAAUGCCUUGAAGCAGUUAUCCUUGGAAUCUACCUUACCAACGGUCUGACCUCUGUGGAACGUUUCCCCAUCAGCUUUAAGACACAGUUCUCCGGGCACCACUUCCAUCAUGUGGUGUUGGGCGUUUACUGUAACGGCCGCUACGGCACCUUGGGUAUGAGUCGCCGUGCUGAUCUCAUGGAUAGAGCUCUGACCUUCCGUACACUCAGCGAGCUAGUGUUCGAUUUUGAGGACUCAUAUCGCCGCUACCAGCACACUAUAAAGAAGAUAAAGAUCGGACUGUACGUGCCCCACAAUCCACAUGUUUUCCAGCCCAUCGAGUGGAACUAUCUGGUGAUCAACGCUUGUAACCAGGGCCACGAAGACAUGCGCAAAGAGCUGGAGAAGCACGGCCGUGACAUGAGGAUGAAGAUCCUCAAGUCAUCCAGUGCUCAGUCUCCAAUCAAAGAAAGAACCCGAGGCAAAUCUUUAUCACCACGCCGACGACCUGGCACCAGUCCACAAAGACGCCAGCACGUCCACCGAAGAGACAAAUCGCCAGCAGCACUGGACAGAAAGCCAUCAGAGCUCAGCACCCUCAGUGACGGUUACCAGAUCCGAAUCUGAGACCCUAAAGAACUGAACUAUCAGCUUUCCCUUCCACAACCUCUGAAGAACACUCCCUAUCUCCCUCUACCAGCUCCACAGAUAAUGUUUUUAAACUUUAUUUAAUGCACAUUGUGAAUUGUAUAUUAAACAUACUUAUAGCUUUACUUUCUUCCGUGUCAGAGGGAGAUGACAUUGGGUGAGUUUUUCUAAUUUAAAGGCAAAUGUAACAUUUCAAAAGCAGCAGCAAUUCACUAAAGAUUUUAAAAGAAGCUUAAUAUUUCUUUUUAACUGUCGAAAUUUUUAGUAAAAGUGAACCUAAAUGACAAAUUUUGUUAUUUACAGUGAUUUAGCUAAAGAAUAUUUUGUACCCCAAUAAUGGUCAUUUUGGAAGACAAAAGCUGAUUAAAAUAUGAAAGCAAAUAAGAAAAAGUUGGAACAAUGUAGCAUUGAGAAUUUGAGUGUGCAUGUAUCAUGCUUGGCAGAGAUAUGUAAAACUCGGUGCCUCGCGCUAUAGUGGUGGUAGUUUUGGAGGCUGACUGGCCUUUUUGGAGGAGACGGAUGCUUUUUUGCCAGAGGCAAAAUGACACAAGGGACCAGAACAUCAGAAUUCUAGCUUUUCUGCCCACAAAAAGUAUUUUCUCCCCGUUACUUCAUGUUUUGUUACCUGCACACAAUCCCCAGACAGUGUAAUACGGACGGAACAGACCUUAUUUACUGACUAAAGUUUGAGUCUAAUGUACAAUGAAAGGCUUUGUAUUGAUUUCAGUAUUAAAAAAGCAUUUAAUAUGGUUACAUAAAUAAUAUUAAUAAUAAAAACUUUUUUAUUUUUUGUUCUACCCAGUUGUUUACCCCUUACAGUAUUUUAUGCUUAACAUUUUUUUUUUUUUUACUAAUUUCUCAGAUAUGUAAAGGGUGAAGUGCUGUUGAUUUAUCCGUCCAUUGCAAAUGUUCAUAAAAUUCUCACACAUUUACUUGCUUGGAAAUAUUUUAUGUAAUUUUUUAUUGCAUCUUGACACUGAUAAGUUACCUUUGGUCACAUGUGACAAUAAAUGCUAUAUUUCAUUGGCUAUAAUAUGCUGAAUAAUAUGAAAAAAGUUGUUAUAGAUGUUCUGAUGUUAAAACUCUUUCUUUAAUCCCAGAUAAAUAUGCAGAGUCAACUAUUAGUAAGCCAUUUGUAAGUUGAUUUCACCUAAAAGUGUAACACUGUGGUGCUAUCAAAACAUUCAUGUUUGUUCAAUCGCCCCAUCCAGCCUGAAUCAGCUACAUUGGCUUGACCAAUGACAUGAGUUUGGGUUAGGACUAUCUGUCUGUACAAACAAUGGAAGAUUGAGGGAGUUUGAAAACAGUGAUUAUUUUUAACAUUUUAUUUGGUGGCACUAGUGGCGCAGAAAUUACACACAUUAGCCUUAAAGUUAACGACAUACAUUACUCUUCAGAGUAAAUAUUUCAGUUGAAAUUAGGUUAUCGACCUCAAACUUUGCCACUUCGUUUGAGAAUAAGCUAUGCACGUCCAACAGGUCUAUAGAUCUGUCCUCUUUGACAGCAGACCUUGUUUUGAAUUGUAGCAUUUACAUUGUUACAGAUUCUUUGUGGGUUGUUUUAGCGGUUGCUCUCUGGAUGUCUAUUUUAAUGGGUGCUGUUGACUAAACUACCACAUUAUAGCUCAUUCUGCCUUGUAAUUGGUACCAGCUUUCUAUCAAAAGCUAUUGAACCACACAAGUGCCGGACCAUUGAAUACAUGUCAGAUUUAUGGCUUAGGGUUUCACCUUCUUGGUCACAUAAAGAUGAAAGAUCUUCAUUAGUUUCAAUGACACAUCUAAUGCACCAUGUUGUAUGGCUCAGAGCCUUUAUGGGAGAGACGUGGCCUGCUGCAGAUUUGGUAAUUGAAGACCAUCAAAAUGUUGCAGAUGUAUAUCAUUUAUAACCUGCUGUUUGGUAACUGCUCAAUUGUGUGUGAAACGUUACAUGUUUUUUGGCUUUCUGGUUUUAAGUCAAAUCCAAUGAUCUCCCCUCAAAGGUGCUAAGACAAGUCAUUUUACUUAUCUUAUACAUAGUAAAUAAAUGUAUUUUAGCAUUGGCUUGUUUUAUGAUUGAAGAGCAUAAUAAAAAGAUAUUUCUGUUGCACAAUGAUUGGGCAAGAAAUCAUAAGCUCUAAAAAAAUGGAUAAUCGAUUUUUAAGACUUACCACAAAGUUCAUAGUGGAAAUGUUACAAUAUUUAUAAGAAUAUUGAUGCUUUUGUGGAAUUUCAAUGUUUCUAUAUCUUAUGCAGGCUUGACUUGUCUAAAAAUACAAUUCAUUUUGAUGACGCAAAUACUUUUUUUAUUCAAUAGCUGAAAACGCUGCAAGUAUGUUUUUAACUGAAGUGUUUUCCUCAAUGAUAAGAAUGUUAAUGGUGUGACUUUGAGAUAGUGUUUUGGGAAAAUCUCAUCUCAAACUUGGCCUCAAUUUUGUGUUCAAGCUGUACGUAUUAUAAAUGUACUGUUUAUAUGAGGACUUUAUCAAAUUGGAUUGACCCUGACCUGAACUAUUAUUCAGACAGAUUUUUCCUAGGCCUUACUGCAGCUUGUGCCAUCAGUCAUUUCUGUCAUCCAUUUGUGUUUUUGGGCCAUUUGCAUUCCUCUAUGGUGAAACACUGCUGUAAUUUGUCUAUUAUCCUCUGU